GUGCCGGGAUCCCCGUGUGGGGCUCUGCACCCCUCUCCCCCCAUUAUGCUGCUGUGUGAUCAGCCCUGCUCUCACUGAGCUCCACUUCCACCCUUCUCCCUCCCAUCGCCAGGGCUCGGUGCCCUAAAAUCCAAGGCAAGGAAGGUGCCAGGGGAGCUCGGGGCUGGCACGCGUGCGGGUGAGGCUGUUCACCCCGGGGCGGGCGGCAGCGAUUCCCUGGCAGCCUCCCCGAGCAGCGCUCCUGCGUGUCCUGCUGCAGCCUCCCUCCGGCAUCUCCCCGAGCUCCUCUCCGCACCUUCCUCCGCCGAAACAGCUCCGGGGAGGUUUUUUUUCCGGGAUCGGGACAGGCGGGUGCUCGUGUGGCAGAGCGCGGCAGAGAGCGGCGGGCAGAGGCAGCUGGCUCCUUCGCGGGGACGGCAGGCACGGAGCGGGGCCCGGGGGCCGGAGGAUGCUCGCCGCGGUGCCCAGCCGCGGGGAUGCGGGGUUGCUAGGAGGCAGGUGAAGGUGAAGGUGAAGGUGAAGAGGAGAGCGCUGCGGAGGACCGCAGGCCCAGAUCCGCAUGUCAGACCAUCACGACCCCCACUAUGGGGAGUCAGAACCCCAGCACGGCAUCACUGUGGUCUUCCUCCUUGUCCUUGUGUUCUUCAUCAUGGGGCUGGUGGGGUUCCUGAUCUGCCAUGUCCUGAAGAAGAAGGGUUACCGGUGCCGCACCUUCCGGGAUGAGCUUGACCCAGAUGACAAAGAUGAGGUGGAGGAGCUCGAUGAUGAUGAGGCUGACAAGAACGAUGACACCGUGGAGAAGAUUGUGAGAUGCAUCAUCCAAAAUGAAGCAAAUGUGGAGGCCCUCAAGGAGAUGCUGGGGGAAAAUGAACCGGACGUGCCAGUGCCAGUGCCCAGCCUUGGUCACCACAGCAGCAGCCAGGACGGGGGCCCGCCCCAUCACCACACGGUGCACCUGGGCUCCACGCACGCCCCCUGCAUCCACUGCAGCAGGAGGAAGAGGCACCCCCUGCAGCGCCAGGGCCGCUCCAAGGAGGGCAAAAGCAGGAUGCACCCUGGAGAGACCACCGUCUUCUCAGUGGGCAGGUUCCGUGUCACGCACAUUGGGAAGAAGCCGUGCCUGCCGGAACAGCCGGACGGGGCCCUGCCCGUGGCCAGCCGCCCGCCGAGCACGGAGGAGCUGGAGCGCAGCAGCGAGCUGCUCAACGGGACUGUGCCCACGGCCGGCCUGCAGAACGGAGCCGUCCACACGGGCACACAGAGUGCCAGGAGCACCGAGCAGAGCCUGUCCGCCAGCCCGGCCGCCAACACACCUGCCAGCGCCGGCACCCGUGACAGCCGGCGGGCGGGCACCGCGGGGUCUGGCCCGCUUGGGUCUGGCAUGGUUGGAUCCAGCACGGUUGGAUCCGGCACGGUUGGGUCUGGCACGGCGGGGUCCAGCACGGUUGGGUCUGGCACGGUUGGGCCUGGCCCGGUUGGGUCCAACCCGGUGGGGUCUGGCCGAGCUGGGUCCUUGCCGGGUGCUGGCUCCGCUCCCGGGAGCUCCAGCCGGCAGCGCAGGCUGCUGAGCCUGCCCAUGCUGGGAGCGUCGAGUCCCAACAUCCCGGGAGAGCUGGCGAGGGAAGGAGCCGGCAUGUGCCUGGAAGAGAUGGGACUGGCGUCGGCAGAUGAGGUGUCGGAUAUUCACGGGAGCCUGAGUCUGCAGGAGCAGGCCGAGGAGCUGGCGAGAGACGAGAGCAGCAGGAAACAGUCCAGAGGGGAGGAUGGGAAGCAGCAGGAGCCCAGCGCCACGGAGCAGGACCGUGUGUGAGCUGCUCUCCGCUCCCGGCUGGAGCGUGCACGGGAGGCGCGCAGCCCCCGGGCCCCUCGGGGCUGGGGCUCUGCCGUGGGGCAGCCGCGGGGCAGCCGGGCUCGGCCCCGGGUGGGCAGCUACGCGCUUGGCAUGGCCGGAGCGACGCGCCCGCCACACCGACAACCGCGCUCGGCGGCGCCAGCCUUCAUCCCAUCGGCAAUAGGUACCCGAGUCCCACCCACCGCACCCUCCCCGGACACCCCCGAGGGACCCUCGGGCCUGGCAGGGGCAGGACGGCGCCCGGAGCCCGCUGCCCCCGCGGCCCCAGCUCGGGGGAAGGAUCACAGGGGCGGGGAUGGAGGCAGCGGCUUGAGCCCCCCCCCGGGGCGGUGGGGAGCGCCUCCCGCCCGCCGGGCACGUUCAGCACAGAGCACAGCCCCCCCGGGCACCCCUGCCACGCAGAGCGGGCACUGGCACACACCCGGCACCGGCAGGGCCUGGGAGAUGCUGGCGGAGAUUGGAGCUGCCGGCCCCAUCCCGGCACCGG